AGUGUGUUUUUGUAUAUUUCUUCACCCCUGCAGUUCUCAUUUGGUAUGUUCCGUGUUGACGCGGGAUUCAGUUGAAUCAGUCAGAAUCGUGAAGUUGCUGUUUUCAUUUUCAGGAGUAGAUAAAAUAGAUUGAGGAAGAGAAUGGAGCAGAAAUAUGAAGAAGAGAUCCAGAUGCUUCAGCAGGAAAUUGAAAUGCUGGAGGCUGAACAGGAGGAUAUUUUACGGUCCAUUUUCAUAGAGCAUGGAGAUCGACUACAGCAUGAACUAAAGUCAGUGUUUGAGGAAAGAGGAGGAUCACAGAAACCUGCUCUUUCAAAGCUGAUCACAGAAGUCAGAGAGCUGGAAAAAGACCUCAGACGACAGACGGAAAUCAAUGGGAUUGCUCUAAAUGAAUGUUUCGUAAAGACAUUGCACAAAAGUGAGAGAAAACUUGUACAGCAGCUCAGACUUGCAGGUCACUGCAGUGUACUUUUGUUCCAGGUUGAAUUUGCAGUGACUGAGAUUCAGGAGGACGAUGCUCUGCGCAGGAGAGUUACAGAGCUCAAUAUCGUUGUGGAUGGUGUUGAAUUCAAAGAUUUCUCUGCAUUUGUGUCCAGAGUGGAGGACACAAAAGACCUUCUUUUGUUCUUCAGGACCUUGAGGACGUUCUCUGAGAGAUGUGAGGAGAGGCGUCAAACGUUUCAGCACUUUCAGGAGAAGUACCCAGACGUGGUCAGCCUUCCAGAGGGAUGCAGAUCUGAGCUCAUGAUUAUAAGGAGUCCUCAACUUCCCGGGACCUCCAUGACCAUAUUCUGGAAGAUCGAUGUGUCCAUGGAAGGAGUGGUAAAGCCAUCGCUUGAGCUCCUGCUGAAAAUGCCAGACCAGGCUCGGGAGUUUGACACCAAAAAAGUGAUGGAAAACGGCUCAAAUUACUUUCAGAGCCUCCUGAAGGUUCUCGGGGUGGAAGCGUCAAUCGAGGGCUUGAUAAGAACCGUAUGUUUGUGAGAAGUCAUAAAACAAGCCAACGUUCACGCCGUGGGAACUUCAUACCUAAUCUUUUUAUUCGAUAUAAACACCUGUACAAUCAGCCGUUAGGAACUACAUAGUGACGCCACCUGUACAUGUCAAUCAUUUUUUACGCAUGAUAGGCCCACGUUGCGUGGAAAUAUACAUUAUUAGACAAGAGCUAGAAAAAUAAAUAAUUUCAAAUACAAAAUGUUUGACUGCAAAAUCCACUUUGUAUUUUCAAAUAGUUACAUUUUAACAUUAGAUUACAUCACUGUAACUCGCAUCUUCCUUUUCUUGCUUAAUAACAGAAUUAAAGUCCAUUCUUACCUA